UAAAGAUGUUUUGGAAUCUCACAUCAUCAUUGAUCAACAUCUCCUAUUUCAUCCCAACUGAUUCGUGAAUGGCGUUCUGGUGUUUCCAAAAUCACAGCCACAAAUCAAAUCAAUGAUGUCGAAUAGCUGACCACUCCAGCAAGACACACUCAAAAUAAACAUGUUUGAUGGUCAUGAAAGCGCCCUGAUGGAAGAAAGAGAAUCGGUUGGUGGUGACUCUUUUACACCAAAAUUGGAUCUCCACAAGGGUCAUGCAGAUAUGGCUGGUGCGACACACUAAAAGGGAUAACCGCCGUUCUACCGCCGUUCGAAAGUAAGAAUUUUAACGAUGAUUCGAAACUGCCAGCAUUCAAAAGGUCAAAGAGCAACCAAAGAAUUCAUCUAGUAACAUCUACACCCGCGCUUGGUCAAAUAUAGCGUCAGGGCACUUCUUCCAUCUCCAGUGAUUCAAGUGGCGAUCACUUCAAAUUGGACAAACAUUCCGACGUUGUUCAGUCACAGCGUUGCUUCCCCCCACAGCAUGGCCAGACGAGCAAUCCGAACACAGUAUGGAAUUUGUGGAACAAACAUGCUUCGCCAUGUGAGACGGCACUCCAAUGAUUGUGUCUAAAUCUAUACAUUCAUCGUGAAGUGUGGGUGACCAUUGACUGGUCUUGGAAGACGCCCCUACUUAUGCUGGGUGCUGCCAUCAACCUCCAAUAUGCUUCAAGGAUUGAAUGGCACGGUAUCUAGUCGAUGCCGUGUAUUCUUUUUAAAAAGGUUGUAAUAGCUCUGCUGAUCUUCUCUCAAUCUCAAAUGUUCUUUUGGAAAUUUUCUUUUUCUCUACUCGUCACUCUUUCCUUGAACCAUUCCUUCAUGGGAAAUAUCCACUCCUUUACAUCAAAUAUCUCUUCUCUCUUUUACAUUCCUGGUGAAUAAUUAUCAAACGGCCCCAAUCUCUACAUCGGUCGACCUCAAGUUGUGGCUAUAACCUCUAUCAGUAAAGGUCGAGGGGAGCGAUAUUUGGGGAACUACCUUUCACUCAUCGUGACGAGCUUCAGCAGUCAUUCCAUACACUCUUUACUCACAAAACAUUCAACACCACCUCAAAAAUAUCUACCAUUCCAAAUUCCUGGAACGACACAUUUGAUCCACUUUCAUCGUCUGGGUUAUCCAUGAUCCAUCUAAUAAACCGUCCAUCUGAAACGCAAAACAUCAAAAACCGACUGUCAGUUUUCGUGCAAUUCUGUUGGAGUUUUACUACUUGCAUAUCCGAUAAAAGCUGUGCUCAUCACGAUUGCUUUCUCAUCUUGUACUUUUGCUUCUUUUUACAUUCAUUAGUUGUCGACCUGUGGGGCUUUAAAAAGGAAUCCGAAUUUCUUCAGCCUUUGUAUAUCACCAGACUCCCCCCAUAUUGCAUGUUAAACUUCGAGACACUCAAUGGGCAUUGUUUGACUUCCAUAAUUACCAAAGCUAUUUAAUAUUAUUCAUAAUGGGGUGGUUUGGAAACCAAGAUUUGUCUGCCAAGUUCGGCAUUGUCCUUGGUGGUGCAAUCUUCAUCGUAUUAUCCGCCGGCCUGAUAAAAGUAUGGCUCAACAAAAGAAAGCUCGCAAGAAAUAUCAAAAUCGAGGAACUGGAGAAGGCAAACAGCACGCAGGAGAGACUCAAUGUAGAGGAGCUUGGUGAAGGUGAUCUCUUUGGUGUUCGAGCAAUCGAGAGAGGUUUCUUCGGGGGUGUUUCACAAUCUCGAAGCAACUCUCCCGCCCAAUCAAUGUUCGGUCCACCCUCAACAACCGCGGUCGACUUGACAGAAACUUCCAGAGCACUUGAGGCUAUCAGAGGUCCAUCAGCUGCUAGCAGCAGUAAUAUUAGUUUAUCGAGACGUUCCAGCGAGGUCUCCGCUCCCAAAUCGAUCAAACAUAAGCCGUCACCUCUCCGCUUACAGCCUUCUGCAGCGGAAAUCAGACGCUCUGCUCUGCCUAAUGUUGGAGGCUCAUACAUACCACCAUCACCAAUCAAGGAGGUCAAGCCACAAUCGAACUCAGUCGAAGUUCAAUUCGGGAGACCCUCGGUUUCUGAGUCUCCCCCCAGCAGAACUCGAUCUGAAGAGGAGGUAUCUCAACUACAUUACCAAGGAGAGGUUCCACGCAACUUCAUGUUUUUAGCAGGUCAGCACUCCAGCGUUAGAUCUCAAGCAGGAUCUAUACACGGCAGCGCCGAACCAUCGCCUCAGAACCAAACCAAGAUCCCCAAGAUCCCUACAGUACCAGCUCCAACACACGUCUUUGGAUUCCCUCCCCGAUUCUCCGGACGAUCACGAUCUUCAUCCCCCGAAGAAGAAUCUUCCAACAGCGACCGCUCCUCAACCUCCUCCCCCGAAUUACCCGUCCCCGCCAUCCCCUCUCCCUACAAAAACUCUUAUCAACCCACCGCCCUCCUCGAACAAGAACCACGACAACUCAACACCAAACCUCGCUCCUAUCAACCCACCCAGCCUUCCGAACCCGAAUCCCAAUCCGACUUCUACACCCACUAUCGUGAACCCAGCGUCGCCAACUCCAUCCUCACCACCCGAACAUCUAUCCUCGAUGACCCGUCUCUCUCGCGUUCCGGCUCCGUGAACCCCGUCCGCGGCCGUCCCGCCUAUAAAUCUAAUUCCCGCACUCCUUCCGCCGCCUACACCCAUGGUCAAAUAUCCCGCACCCACGAUUCUCUUCGCAUGUCUCGCAAAGCCUCGCUUCAAACACAGGAACGUCGGAUUUCGCGCGACAGAGAUCAGAUGCACUAUGAUCCGACGCUAUCUUCUGGGUCCGCGGUGAGAAACCGCAGCGGGAGUGUCCAGGGUCGCGCGGUGGAUUUUGAUCGUCCGAGAGAAAGCCCGUUUAGUAAUGCGAAUGCGAUUGCGGGGUCGGAACAUGGGAGACAGGAGAGUUACUCGAGUGUGAGUACGGCGAGUAGCAGGGAGAGUUCGAGGGAGGGGAGAGGAAGGAGUGGGAGUGUGGGGGAGGAGGAGUGGAGGGGGAGAGGGAGGGGGAGAAGUGUUGUUGGGGAGACUAUCGUGGAGGUUUUGACGCCGCUGACGAGUCGGGGACAGAGAUUUGAUGCUAGUGAUUUGGUUUAG